AUGCAGAAGAUUGCUAAAAGAAUAGCAAAAGCUGAUUGGGAGAAACACAGACGAGAUCCAGACGUUGAGCCACUCAUACACGUAAAAGAUGAGUUAUCCGUUGCAGAAGGAUUAAUCUUCCGAGAACAACGAAUUGUCCUGCCAGAAGCACUCCAGAGAAAAGUGGUUAAAGUUGGGCACAAGUUGGGACAUUUGGGAACGACGAAGACGAAACAGAUGCUGAGAGAGAAGAACUGGUUCCCUCUUAUGAACAGUAUGAUCGACACAGCAAUUGAUCAGUGUUACGAAUGCAGAGUAACAACCAAAUUAAGAUCAUCCAAAAGAACCAAUCAAAGUGACAAAUAUUCCAAGCAAACCAUGGGAUACAGUAUCAAUCGACCACGGGGAACCGUAUCCGGACGGUCAUUACAACCUUGUUAUGAUUGA